AUGAUGUGCCGAACGACGGCGGGCGGGCGCCCGAGAGGAGCGGUGCACGCGAGCGAUGCGCGCCGCGCUGCCCCCGCCGCACCGCUGCGAUGCGUCCCCUCGGCGUCGCGAGGCGCGGUGCACGCCAGGCCUCUGCCCGUGUGCCAGGCCGCAAACCUGCGACAGCAGCAGAAGCCGGCCGCCCCAUCCACAGCCGCCAGCGGCGGCGACGCGGCGGCGCGCAUGGCGCAGGAGUUGGAGGCGCUGCGGCGCGAGAAUGCUCUUCUGAAGCAGCAGCUGCGGCAGGCCGGGCUCUCGGGGGCGGACACUUCGACCACUGUGGCGGCCCCUGAGGCACCAACAGCAGCGGCCGCGGCGGAGGCGCCUGUGGCGCAGCCGCCGGCCGCGGCGCCCAGGAGGGAGGCGGGCAGGGGCGGCGCGGCGGGGGCGGCGGCGGCGGCGGGGACAGAGGCGUUCCUGCGCCGCCUCGAGGCGGGCGUCGCGUGGCCUGACCCCUCCACCCCGUUUUGGGAGGCGGCCCCGCGGUCGGAGGCGAUGCCGUUUGACGUCGGCGCGGGGCCGCCUGAGGCGCCGCCGCAGGACGCGCGGCCGCUGCAGGUGGUGCACUUCACGGCUGAGCUGGCGCCCAUCGCAAAGGUCGGCGGCCUGGGUGACGUGGUGACGGGCCUGGCGCGGGCCUGCCUGGCUCGCGGCCACGCGGUCAACGUGCUGCUGCCCUUUUACGAAUGCCUGCCCCUGUCCUCCAAGCACUGCCGCUGA